AUGAUCGUAGAAGCUGAAAGCGACCCCAACAAGCGGAAGCGGCACAACGACUACGUCCUGGGUGCCUUCCACCUACUGCAGCUCAUUUUCGCCAGGGACAAGGCACACUACAUCCGGAACAACACACUACACGCCCGGAUGUGCCUCCUCGCGUCGCGCAACUGGGACCGCCUAGAGGCACGAGCCGCGAUCCGGAUGCGGCCGCCACGCACCGACGAGGAAGGACGCGCCGGCAAGGCCCGCCAACACCUCGCAGCGGGAAACAUCUCCAACGCAUACCGCACCCUCGCAGAUGACUCCACGCAACUGGACAGGGCCGCUUACCGCCGCCUGCUGGACGAGGCGUGGGCGGCCAUUGGGGAGGCCCACGCACGGGACGUCGUGCUGAGCAGGAGCAUGCAGAAGCUGCGCUGGUUUGCGCUGCCCACAGACGACAUGGCUGCACCACCGCCAUCAGUGACGGAGGUUGCAGCACAGCAGCAGCACACGCGUUCACAGGAGGGCAUGGUGGAGUGGGGCGACCUGCCUCAGUGGUCGCUCGACCAAGGUGGCGGCGUUGGCAGAUAUGAUGCUGACAAAAGCAGCGACGAGAAUGGCAGCCCUGUGCUCUUGCAGGCGUGGGCGAGUGGUGAUGACGACGGCGACGGCGUUGGUGGCAAUGGCGGUGAUGGUGGUGCAAGCAGCACCAUCUCAUCUGACGAGGAGGCCGAGUUGAACGGACCCGUCUGCUACAACUGCAACGGCCAGCCCAUCGCCGAGGAAGUGGAGGAGGCAGAGCGGCGUCGACGUCGCGCGAAAGCCCAGCGCGUGCUUGACGGGUUUGUCAAGGCAGGCGACCUGGCUGUCCAGGGAAGUGGCGUGGACCCGUCUCUUGCAGGCCUGAUCCUCGGCGUGUGCAUCUGCUUCACCUUUGGGCGCCAGUGGUGCAGUGGCCUCUUCUCCUGA